UUAGGCCCCACCCCAGUUCUUCUAACGGCCAACCAAACCCUCUCCUUUACAAAUAUAUAUACAUAUUAACACUGCAAAUCAAAAACCCAUUUAUAUGGAGGGCCCAAAACACUACUACUAUACACUUCACUGGGAAAAAGAAGAACAAACACAGUCUAAACAUCUGUUGCCCUCGCUAAUUAAUUCCACAUCUUUACUCUCGAGUCUUUUGCCCGUCACUCAAUUGUUGAAACGUCGCCGUCGGAAGCUUCACUGCCUCCCCGAUACGUUAGCUUAGCUACGGAGACGGGACCAGUCUAUUCAUUCUUUUUUCUUUUUGUUUUUUGUUUUCUGGGGAGAGGCAGAGAGAGAGAUAUGAAACCCUAGAUUCCGAAAUUUGAGAAGGGGGGAUUCCAAAUCAAAGAAAAAUGUCACUAUCAGGAUUACAAGAUCACUUGAAAUUAGCAAGAGAGUACGCUCUUGAAGGUCUUUACGAUACUUCUAUUAUCUUCUUCGAUGGCGCCAUUGCUCAAAUCAACAAGCACCUAAACACACUUGAUGACCCUUUAAUUCGCACAAAAUGGAUGAAUGUAAAGAAAGCCAUAUCAGAGGAGACAGAAGUUGUAAAGCAAUUAGAUGCAGAGAGAAGGGCAUUUAAGGAAACUCCUACAGGGAGACGUGCUGCGUCGCCACCCAUAAAUGCUAAAUCAUCCUUUGUUUUCCAACCAUUAGAUGAGUACCCUACUUCAUCUGGUGCUCCUAUGGAUGAUCCUGAUGUGUGGAGGCCCCCAAGCCGUGAUACUUCAAGUAGGAGACCUUCUGCUAGAGCAGGUCAAGUAGGCAUGAGGAAAUCACCACAGGAAGGGAGUUGGGGCAGUCGAGGUGGCGGUGGUGCUACUAGAGCAGGUACAACUGGCCGUGUUCCAAAGACUGGCGGUGGUUCAAGUAGGGUGAAUUCAGGUGUUCGAGCAUCAACUAAUGGAAAGAAAGGCACUGGUGCUGGAAAAUCUGGAAAAGGAGAUUCAGCUAAUGGUGAUGGUGAAGAUGGGAAGUCAAAGAAGGGACAAUAUGAAGGACCUGAUCCUGACUUGGCUGCUAUGCUUGAACGAGAUGUCUUGGAAACUACUCCUGGAGUUAGAUGGGACGAUGUUGCAGGACUUAGUGAGGCAAAAAGGCUUCUAGAAGAAGCAGUUGUCCUUCCAUUAUGGAUGCCUGAAUAUUUCCAGGGAAUUAGGAGACCAUGGAAAGGUGUCCUUAUGUUUGGACCUCCUGGUACUGGGAAGACGCUGCUUGCUAAAGCUGUUGCUACUGAGUGUGGAACAACAUUUUUUAAUGUUUCCUCUGCUACAUUGGCUUCAAAAUGGCGUGGCGAGAGUGAGCGCAUGGUCCGGUGUUUGUUUGAUCUUGCACGAGCUUAUGCGCCAAGUACAAUAUUCAUUGAUGAGAUUGAUUCUCUGUGCAAUGCCAGAGGGGCUUCAGGAGAACAUGAAUCAUCUAGAAGGGUCAAGUCUGAACUUCUGGUUCAGGUAGACGGAGUAAACAACACGUCCACAAAUGAAGAUGGCAGUCGAAAAAUAGUGAUGGUGUUGGCAGCUACCAACUUCCCAUGGGACAUAGAUGAAGCGCUGAGGAGGAGAUUGGAAAAGCGUAUCUAUAUUCCACUUCCCAAUUUUGAAAGUCGUAAGGAGCUUAUUAGGAUCAAUUUGAAAACUGUCGAGGUGGCUGCUGAUGUGAAUAUUGAUGAAGUGGCUCGUCGGACAGAGGGGUAUAGUGGAGAUGAUCUUACAAAUGUUUGUCGGGAUGCUUCCUUAAAUGGCAUGAGGCGCAAGAUCGCUGGAAAGACAAGGGAUGAGAUAAAAAACAUGCCUAAAGAUGAGAUUUCUAAGGAUCCUGUUGCAAUGUGUGAUUUUGAAGAGGCCUUGCAGAAGGUCCAGCGAAGCGUUUCCCAAGCUGAUAUUGAGAAGCAUGAGAAGUGGUUCCAAGAUUUUGGAUCUGCAUAAAUAUUGACCUGGCGUUGUGUUUGUAUUUUCAGUGGUGAUUUGAUUGAUUGAUUGUAAUCCAAUGCUUUGGAAAGGUCCCCAUUUGUUGUGUUUUUGUUUUGUUUGAUUGUAUCUUUACCCUCUCUCAUGCAAUGUUAUUCGAUUUAUUUAACAAAACCUUGUAACUUCUUAUUAGAUUACUGUAUGUUAUUUGAGUCAAAGACGAAUCACGCCAAAUAGCCCCAGAGAAUGCAUAUUAUAUUUCUUGUGUAAUGGAAGGUAAUGAGAAAAGAAAAAUAUGAAUCUUUGUUUCCUCA